AUGGGCCGCUCAGACUCGCUGGUAGACUCCGUAGAAGAGAAGAAGCGUCGUACCUGGGGAGGCCAGUUGGAAUUCAUUAUUUCCUGUGCUGCUGUUGGUCUAGGAGCAGUGUGGCGCUUUCCGUAUUUGUGUUACAGGAACGGUGGAGGCGCGUUUUUGAUACCAUACUGCGUCAGCUGGGCCCUAAUUAUCCUUCCAUUAUACUUCAUGGAGCUAUGUUUCGGUCAGUUUGCCAGCCUUGGACCUAUCGCUGUUUGGAAAAUUAAUCCACUGUUCAAAGGUAUUGGUUAUGGCAUGGUGGUGACUUGCUGGUUUCUUACUCUGUACUACAGCGUUCUCAUCGGCUACUGUAUUCACUACUUCUUCGCCUCAAUGACGGCCAUUUUGCCUUGGUCUACUUGUGGGAAUGCUUGGAAUACUGAAGAUUGUUUAGUUGUUGGCGGAGGUACACCAACGGACGCCACCAACUUAACCAUUAGAACAACGCUUCUGAAUACUACUGAUAAUACCGAGAUUACCGUCACUUCACCAAGCGAAGAAUAUUUUUACCGCAAAGUCCUGGAGAUGACUGAUGGGAUAGAGAAUUCAGGGGGUCUCAAGUGGGACCUUGUCCUGUGUCAUCUGCUGGCCUGGGUGAUUGUGUCGUUGGUCCUGAUCAAGGGAGUCAAGUCCAUGGGGAAGGCCAUAUAUUUCACCGCCAUUUUCCCACACAUUAUCAUGGCCGUCCUCCUUGUACGUGGUGCUUUGUUGGAGGGAUCUGCUGAAGGCAUUAAGUAUUAUCUGACGCCUGACUUUAAGCGACUUCUUCACUCUGAGGUUUGGGGUGACGCAGUUACUCACAAUUUCUAUUCGCUGAGCAUAUCUUUGGGAGGCCUAGUAAUGAUGUCAAGCCACAACAAGUUCCACCACAACUGCUUCAGAGACGCAUUUGUUUGUUCACUUGUGAACUGCGGUACUAACGUCUAUGCUGGGUUUGUCAUCUUCUCUGUGCUUGGCUACAUGGCGCACAUAUCUGGCAAAGAGGUGGCCGAAGUUGCCAGUCAGGGCCCAGGUCUUGCCUUCAUCGUGUAUCCCGAAGCCAUAUCCCAGUUACCAUUACCGACACUGUGGGCCAUUCUGUUCUUCUUCAUGAUGGCGCUGCUGGGAUUCAGCGUACAGUUCGCUAUGGUCGAGACCGUUUUGGGGAGCAUAAUGGACGAAUAUGCUCACAUUCUACGAUCUCAGAAAUGGAGGGAAAUAAUGGCGCGGGCGGUCGGGUGCGGAGUGUGUUUCUUGCUCGGCCUGCCAAUGUGCGCAAGGGGUGGCCAUUAUCUGUUAGAUCUAAUGGAUCAUAGUGUUGGAGGGUUCCCGUUGCUGUUUAUUAGCUUACUCGAAUUGAUUGUUUUGCAGUGGGUGUAUGGUUGGUCCCGCUUUUCUGAAGACGUGAAAAUAAUGCUUGGCAAGAAGCCUGGUAUCUACUUUCGGAUCAUGUGGCGUUAUAUAACUCCACUUCUUUUGUUGGCUGUCAUUGUAUUUAAAUUCGUUCAGCUGCAGACACACAAUCAUGAGGUGAAUCCUCUGCCAGUCUGGGCUCAGGUCCUGGGGUGGAUGAUUCAGUUGAUCCCCAUCGCCCUCAUCCCUGCCUUGUUCCUGGGCAGAUACUGCUACGACGGCGGCUUCAAGGCCUUAAAGAAAGCUGGAUCACCGCAAGCCGACUGGGGACCUGCAAGAGCGAAAAACCGCGCCGGGACAAUCUACGACACGGAUUCCAAGGCAUAAACUCUCUAAGUCCAACACCGCCUUUGACCAAUAUGCAUUCUAGUAUAUGUUAGCCAAAUAACUGUUGAGUGUGUAUAUGUUUUAUGUCGUUGUGGCUUCAGAGGGUCGGCGCAUCGUUUUUAAUGUUCGGUAAUUCUCGGACAAACUCGCCGUUAUAUACAAGUAUUAAAUUAGAGUGGUUCAGAUACCCCUGUGCGACUAUGCUAAAAACUGUGUUCCACUUAUAAAAGACAGGGUCAAAGUCUGCGUUAACGUGUCAUUUUCAUGCGAGAAAAAUUCCGAAUACAAUAAUGUCGUCCACAUACUUGUUUUUCGCAACUGUAAAUAUUUUUUCGAGGGCAUGUUUUAAUUAGAUAU